CUUGGCUUUUCCGUAUUCUGUCCAGUAGCUAGCUGCCGCGUACAGCUUGUGCUUUACAUUUGUUAUUGAGUUACUGUUAUUCUGAUCAUUCCUGUAGUUGUAGCUGUAUUUAAAGAUGAAUACGGUUUUAUCGAGAGCUAACUCUUUGUUCGCCUUCUCUUUGAGCGUCAUGGCGGCUUUAACAUUCGGCUGUUUUAUCACGACAGCAUUCAAAGACAGAAGAGUUCCUGUGGACAUUCACGUCGCUAAAGUCAUGCUGAAGAAUGUUGAUGACUUCACAGGACCUAGAGAGCGCAGUGAUCUCGGUUUCAUCACCUUUGAUCUCUCAGCUGAUUUGCAGCCAAUUUUUGACUGGAACGUUAAACAGCUCUUUCUCUAUCUGUCUGCUGAGUACGCCACAAAGAGCAAUUCUCUAAACCAGGUGGUGCUGUGGGAUAAGAUUGUCCUUCGAGGUGAAAACACCAAACUGAAUCUCAAAGAUAUGAAGUCCAAAUACUUCUUCUUUGAUGAUGGGAACGGACUCAGGGCCAAUAAGAACAUCACUCUGACGCUGUCAUGGAACGUCGUCCCCAAUGCCGGAAUCCUGCCUCUAGUGGCUGGAAAUGGACACGUCAGCCUCCCUUUUCCAGAUGCAUAUGAGACCACCAAGAGCUACUAGAUGUACAGAGACAUACAGGCAGCCAGGUUCAGUGCAUACUGUACUGAUAAAACAACAGGGGGGGAGGCACACAUGGAAGACUCACACACUGUACACAUGUGCUUCUUCAUAGAUGUUAAAAAAUUUUUGGUUUGUAAUAAAAGUUGAGAUUGGAAAA